AUGCUCGUGGAGGCUGCAGCGGAUAACACCGAAGAUGCUCGUCCCCUGAAGAAGCGCAAAGUCGAGACGUCUGCUGAGGAGCCUGCCCUGCCUAAUGCAGUUGAUCGGGAAAGCAGCAAUGGGCUAGAAGAUGAACCACCUAAGCUGCAAACCAUCAUCGAUGACUCCGAGUCCGAUGAUAGCGACAUGGAUUGGGAGGAAGUGGAUCUGAAUCAGCAAAAUUCGGAUGCUGUCCUGCCGCCGCUUACGAAAGCCCAGGCAGAAGAGACUCUCCAGAUAGAGAUAGGCAACGAUGACACAAAGAACAAGCCGGCGAGAGCCCGUAGGAAAGCAGCUACUGCUGCCGAAAGAGCCAUGAGACUCCACAUCCACAAAAUGCAUGUUCUGUGUCUGCUGUACAACGCGCAUAUCCGCAACGCAUGGUGUAAUGACGACAAGGUCCAGUCUUCUCUGAAGAGGUUUCGAAGCUCUCGGAUCAUUAAUCUGUUCACACCCGAUCCGAACCAGUCACAGUUAGCGGCAUCCAAAGCAUUCAAUGACGGUCUUAUUCUUGCGAAGGAUGCAUGGAAGAAAUUCAAAAUCACAUCUCUAGGGCUAAGGCGAGCGAAAUGGGCUCACGAUACCAAGGAGCUGGAAGUUUUCAAGAUCCCUGAAAACGCAGACCCGGUUAUGGACAUCUCAGACUUCCGCAAAGCCGCAGUUUCAUUCGAGGGAUCGCCAGAUACCGCCUUUGAAGAUAACGGCGUAGCAAAAGAUGUCACUCGCCGAUACGCAAAAGCAUACAAUGCAAAGACCAGGAAAUUGCGCGUUGAGUCAACCGAAAAUGGCGACCGUUGGUGGAGAAAGGCUCUGAAACUGUUCAGGAGGAGAACAAUAUUGGACAGAGACCAAGUCGAGGACGCCGAGCUAUCACGCCGCGAAGCCCAAGAGGAAAUGCCCAAGAACGUGCAAGACUUCAAAGACCACCCGUACUACGUCCUCGAGCGCCACCUCAAACACAACGAAGUCAUCCACCCCAAGCGCGAAUGCGGCAAGGUCAACGUCGGCACCGCCGCCACCACCAACCUCGAGCCCAUCUACCGCCGGCGCGACGUCCACCAGCUCAAAUCGGCCGACAAGUGGUACCGGCUGGGCCGCGAAAUCAAGCCGGGCGAGCAACCCCUCAAGCACGCCAAACCUCGCCGCUCAAGACAACGACAGCCAUUCGCCGACGACGACGGCGAGAAUGAAGAUGCAGAGUCCCUCGGCGCCGCCCUCUACGCCCCCUUCCAGACGGAGCUGUACGUGCCCCCGCCCUGCGUCCGCGGCCGCGUCCCGCGCAACGCCUUUGGCAACCUCGACGUCUACGUCCCGUCGAUGGUGCCGCCGGGCGGCGCGCACAUACGCGACGCGCGCGCCCGCAUCGCUGCGCGGAUGCUCGCCGUCGACUACGCUGACGCCGUCACGGGCUUCACUUUCCGCGGGCGCCACGGCACCGCCGUCGUCGAGGGCGUCGUCGUGGCGGAGGAGAAUGCGGAGGCCGUGCGCGCCGUGCUCGAGGGAAUGCGGGAUGCCGAGCAGGAUGAUGAGCGGGAGAGGCGCGGGAGGGAGGCGGUCAGGUUGUGGCGGAAGUUUUUGCUGGGGUUGAGGGUGCUGGAGCGUGUGCAGGAGUAUGCGAGUGCGGAUGAGCGGAAGCAGAUGGAGAAGGAGAUGAGGGAGCGGGUGGAGGCGGAAGAGAGGGAGGAGCAGGAGAGGGUGCGGGCGGAGGAGAUGGCUGGUGGCUUCUUCUUGGCGGAGGGCGCGGGUGAGAAGCCGGCGGAGCCGACGGCGGGGAGGAUGCUGGCGGCUGCUGGGCAUGAUGAAGAGUACUACGAUGGUGGUGAUGGUGGAGGCUUCUUGCCUGAUGAAGGGGGAGAAGAAGAGAAGCAAGAGACUGGAGAUGAUCUCUUCAAGAGCAGAAUCAUGGAAAAUGCGCCUGUGCGGCGGCUCGUAUCGCACCAGGGCUUCGAUGGUGCUGAUGACGACAGAGAUUCAGUUGGCGGAGGUGGGUUCCUUCCAGAGGAAGGCGGCGGUUUCGCUCCCGAAGACGAAGACAGAUCCAUCCCUGAAGGUGGUGGUGGCUUCGUUCUAGAAGACGGCGGCGGUUUCCUGCCUGACGGAGGUGGGGGGUUUAUCCCAGAUGAAGAAGAUGUGGGUGGUGGCUUCGUGAGAGAAGAUACGACUGCUCAGCAGAGCGUUAACUAUAUUUCGCCUAAGGAACCGCAGGACCAGCAGGAUCAAGAUGUCAAGGCAGAAGCUCCCCCGGUGGCUUCCAAGAGCCCGGAGGCGGCUGACGCCCUCGACGAGCCGGCCCAGCAACAAAGAUCAACAGGUGAUCAGGAUAAAGCAUCUCAACCCGUCCGAGCUCUUUCCCAAGAACCCGGACCAACAUUGGAUACUCAACCACAGGGGAGCAACAUUGGCCAGUUGGAUUUAGAAGGCGAUGCACAACCAUCGAGGACAAAAGCGCAGUGGCCUAAGGAGGUCGAGCAGGCGGCUGAUCCGGAACAAGCAUCUUCGGGCGACGACGCAGAUUCAUUGCCUUCACACGAUCCGGAGGAUGAAGAUGCAGAGCCAGAGUGGCUGGCAGAAGAAGUGGUUAGUGAUUAA